AUGCCGUGGGACUCUCACCCUUCCGACAGCGAGUGGAGUUUGCCUUCAGAUGAUUAUCAAGAUUCAGGUAUAGAUUCCAACGAUAAUGGCUGGGGUAAUCAAGAUGGAUUUGUUUCACCUCAAAAUUGUCGCCAAUUUCCAGAUCCAGAGUCUGCCAUCAAAACUCAACUGGUGGCCAAGCAAGCCGAACUCCUCAACUUGUCCAAAGAAGUCAAGGCAAAAGAAACAAAUGUUUACGACCGCACUGGAAUUUUCGAAAACGCAAAGUAUAAGAUGCAUAAAGCAGGCACUCAAUUGGCGGAGGAUGCAGCAGCGUUGGUGGUUGCGGAAAACAAAUAUGAUCUACUUGUGGAGGACAUUCGUUCGCAGACUGAAUACUUGGAAGCAACUCGGUCAGCCAAGUUUCGUGAACAGGGACAACGAACAUGGGAGCAGUGCCUGAUCGAGGAAAACAGGACGCUGAAGCAGAAAGUCGAGUCUGUCCAGCAAGUCAAGGGGCUCUUGGAGGAUCAUUGUGCUUACUAUAUCAAUAAGAUCGAUCUAUUGGACAAGGAUAUUGACAACCUUACGCUCAAGAAUGAGGAUCUGGACAGGCGACACCGCCAAGAUCUUUUGCGCUGGCAAGAUUAUAACUGGGAAGCAGAUCCGAGAGUGAAGGAACAUGUCGCUGCUGCUGUAAAAGAAGCUGUGAAAGAGGCUGUGAAGAAAUUUUUGAGUUGUAGGGACGUAGAUUUUGGCGUCGUUGGUCCAGAUAUCCGGGCGAGCUUCAUUGAAAGUCACCGGGUGCGUGAUUCUUCAACUUCUACCUGUACUCGAGCAUUUGUUCCAGAUGGAUCUAAGCCAUCUCAUGGUUUCGAUGUUCUCUCCGACGCGACUUUAUAUGUGGACUUUAAGGUACCAGGUUUUCGGACAGACAGCGACAAAUUCACUCGGAUCUAUGGUAUUAAUUGGCAUUCUGCCUUAAGGCUAGGGCUUUGUCCCAUGUUUGAAGAUUUGGUAAACAAAUAUGCUUUAGCAAGAAGUUACUGUCCUCAAACAUUUCAAGCCACAUCCUUUUUCAAGACCUGGCUGAGCAUGGGCAUCUCGUUUGAUGACAUGAGCUUAGAGGAGGUUCAGGCAUGGGUCAAAAACACUCGACGUGACAUGUUCAAGACGACCAUGAAUCUGAAUCUUGCCCUCGCCGAAAUGGACCGACUCUACAAUGGCGGGCGUUAUCGUCAAUCCCAUGACACGGUGGCGACCAGAGAUGAAUCGGAAAACAUUAUCAUACAGCAGCAAGCUGGACUUGCGAUCCGACGUCGUUGCUUAGAAUGGAGGCUGAAUCCGCAUAUACGAGAUAAUUACAUCAUUGAGAAGGGGGAUGCAGUUGCACACUAUGCAGACGCUCUACUUGAUGCUAUUGUGUUCGUGCCUGAACUGCUUGAUAGCAAGUACAAACCAGCUGAAGAUGCCAAAGCAUACAUAGCCAUGUAUCACCGCUCUCCCAUCGAAGUGAUCUCAAUAGCUAGCCAUCAAUCUUCCAGCUCGUUAAUCAAGGUUAUCAAUUGGUUUGCUCGCAUUCAGCAAUGGCACACUUCUCAAGAUUUUUGGGCCACGAAAUUUUAUAUGGCAUAUCAUAAGUUCGGAUUAUGUGAAUCGAGAGGUGAUAAGCGAGACUGGCAUAAUUGGAAGCCUCCGCGUGAGUCGUCGGAUUGGGAUCAUACUCUUCAAACGCUAGAAAGCUUGUACUUGGAAGAGGAGAAGGAGAAUAAGAGAAAACAUCGACGACCGGAAUCACCCCAUUUUCCUAAACGUGACCAACUUCGUUUCGAAGUGGGGAAUAUUUCGAGCAAGGAGAACCAUAGCCCAAGGGUUCCAAUUAUUAAGAACGACGAGGAUUCGGUUAAAGAAAAUAAUGAUGUUCGGAAUGAUGAGGUUCUGGACUUGCAAAAUAGUGAAGUGGAGAUACAAUCCAGCGAUGAGGAUUUGGUUCAAGAAAAUCAUGAUGUUCGGAAUGAUACUAAUCCAAUAAGCUCCUCGACCGCUAAAUCAUUUCACGAUAAAUCUUCUUGUGAUUCGGCAGUUAGAGUUAACAAUGAUGUCGAAGGACCGUCAAAUCUUGAACUACAUUCUCCUGAAAAAAGUUGGAACACGCCUGGCGAUGAUUGGGGAUCAUGGGCGGAGUCGAAUUCACCUGAUGAUUAUUGGGUUACUAUUUCACAACUACGUAAAACAAAACAUGUAUCAAUGGCGCCAUUCUGGGUCGCGUAUGACAAGUAUGAACCGGCUACUGGAACGCGUUGGUAG